CCUAACCCGCCUGCAAUAAUAAUAACACCCCCCCCCGUACAAAAACCCACCCUGCCGGCACAGAGGCAGGGGAAACCCCCCACCCCAGAGCUCAUUGCAAACGCCAGGAAAGGCGGCGAGGGUGGGGGGUUGCUGUCCUUAUAUUUUUGCAUGCAUGCAUUUUUGUGUUAAAGCCUCCUGUCUGCAGGAUCCCGGGGUUUGCAGCGCCGAGCAACAGUCCUGCUACAGAGCGCAACUUCCCCCCCGCAGACUGGUUCCUGGCUGGGGCGGGGGGUGAAGCAGCCGCUGGGCUGGUUUGCUGGCGAUCCGCUCUCUGCACGCCCGGCUUUCGCGAGGGCGGGGGCUGGCCAGGAUGGCUAGGUCGCCCCGCUCGCUGCUGUGCCUCUGCCUGGGCUGGAGCUGCCUGUGCCUGGCGCUGGGGGACCUGCUGCGAGCUCACCUGGUGGGGCUCCGGAGGAAGGCUGCCCUGGGAGGAGUCACGGGCGGCCGAGCCCGGGCGGCAGGUGAGCCUGGCCGCGCACCGCAGCAGCUGCCGCCGGGCGACAAGGUCUCGGAACACAUGCUCCGGCUCUAUGACAAGUACAGCGGCGCCCGGCGCCAGGAGCUCCCCAGCCUCCACCCGCUGCACCUCCGGGAGGGCAACACGGUCCGCAGCUUCCGAGCCCUGCCAGCGGGGAGGAGCCCAGGAAGCAAAGAGCCACAUGUUUUUAAUCUGACCUCCCUAACCAAGUCUGAAAAUAUCCUGUCGGCUUCAUUGCAUUAUUACAUUGGAGACCUACUAAAUGCUACUUGGAGUUGUCCCCGAUCCGGAGGCUGCUCUCGUCAUGGACACAGGAAACCUGUUCAAAUAGAUCUCUCUGUGUUGAGCUUUCCUUCUGAUGGAAAUCAAACUCGAACCCUGGGACGUUUUCUAAUAAAUGUUUCCAUGGCCUAUCGGGAUGUCCUUUCCUGGCAGUGGAAGGACAUUACUCAUGUCCUGAGUGAGGCAAAGCAGAAUGAUGAACUUCUGAUUGGUGUGAAAAUGGCCUUGACUGGCCGCUAUUCCCGGAGGAGGGUGCCGUCCUGCUAUGAACCUUACAUUCUGGUGUAUGCCAAUGACUCUGCUAUUUCAGAACCAGAGAGUGUUGUCUCUAGCUUGCAAGGACACCGUAAAUCACUGGUUGAGGGUUUCCCCAGACCCGAAAGCCACUCAAAGAGCAGCCUUGGUGAACAGCGACGGAAACGUUCCACCAGCAUCCUGUUGCCCUUGCAGAACAACGAGCUCCCAGGUGCUGAGUACCAGUACAACGAGGGUGAGGGGUGGGAAGACAGGAAACCCUACAAAACCCUCCAGCCGCGGCUGUCAGAGAGAACAAAGGGUAAGAAAAAGCAGAGAAAGAACAACCACCAGAAGAGCCAAACACUCCAGUUUGAUGAGCAAACCUUGAAGAAGGCAAGAAGGAAGCAAUGGAAUGAACCGAGAUACUGUGCACGGCGCUAUCUCAAAGUGGAUUUUGCAGACAUAGGCUGGAGUGAAUGGAUUAUUUCCCCUAAAUCUUUUGAUGCAUAUUACUGCUCCGGUGAAUGCCAAUUCCCCAUUCCAAAGGUCUUGAAGCCGUCGAACCAUGCCACCAUCCAGAGCAUAGUGAGAGCAGUUGGGGUCAUCCCCGGUAUUCCUGAGCCUUGCUGCGUCCCUGACAAAAUGUCUUCUCUCAGCAUCUUAUUCUUUGAUGAAAAUAAGAACGUGGUGCUUAAGGUCUACCCCAACAUGACAGUGGAGUCCUGUGCAUGCAGAUAACAUCCCAAAUGAGCCCUUUGAAAUAUCUAAAUUGAGCUGUUGCUUUUUCUUUUCUCCCCCGCCAAUGCAUUUCAUUCAAAAAAUAGUUUUAUAAACAAACCUGAAUAAGAGAGAAGAUACUGAAUGGAGAUAUCCAGGCAGGGGAACUUAAACUUAACUCACCCUUGAAUCUGACUGCGAUGUAAGCUUUAGCAACUGGGGAUAACUAUUUCUGUUGUAAUGUACAAAUGAAAAGUGAAAUUUACAAAGGACUGUUCGGGAUUUUUGGAACUGGCAGGAGGACAGCGGUUGAUUUAUUUUUGUACAAGGUUUGAAAGUGGCAGCUGCUGUUUGAUUUAUUUUUUUUUGUCUCUGUUCUUCUAUUGACUAAUGGGGAGGGAGAUUAAGAAAUACAUUAUACGUUUGAAGCUAGGCCUUGGGUUACUGAACAGCUCAGCAAGUGCUGAAUAACCUGAACAUCUCUACUUAUCCUAAGAGCCUUAGAAAUUCAACUUAAACAUUUAUUUCCUUGAUAUGACAUCAUGAUUUCACGUGUAUAUUCAUUGUUGUUUAGCAUGUUCUUCAGAAUUCAGACCAUGUGACAUUUCUCCCCUCAAUUAGAUAAUGUAAGUCCCAUUUAUGCUACAUGAGAAGUUGUGAUGUCACACAGAGAGGUUUUUCUCUCGUGCCAGAGUAUAGUGGGAAACAACUGACCCAAAAGCCUAGCACAGUGAUUUUCAACCUGUGGUCCACAGAUCCCUGGGAACCUGCAGAUUAUGUCUAAGGAUGCUAAAGGGAGUCAUACCUCCAUUUGAAAUUUUUUUCGGGGUCUGCAAAUGAAAAAAAUGGUUAAAAAAUCACUAGCCUAGCAAAAUGCAAGUAUCAUACUCAACAAGACAGCUGGCUGAAUAAUGAACAAAUAUUUUAUCUCAUGUGUGCAGAUAGUCCUUAAGGAACUCAUAAAUGUCUAAAAUUAUAACAUGAAAUUUGCUGAAUAAUUCUUUCUGUAGCUUAUUUGUAUGAACUUAAUUGAUUUAAUCUGUUAGCUAGUUCUGAUUGGUUACAGAGGUCAGGUGGUAUUGUUUCCAUUCCCUUAUUGGAUAUAUGUUGCUUUUAGAAUCAAAUUGCCAGUUCAAAAUUUGCUGCAUGAGAGUUUUCUCUAAUAAAUACCUAAAAUGUGGCGUUUCCAUGAACAUUCCUGCCUGUAAAUACAUUUGCUAGAACAGCUGAAGAAAGUUAAUUCUAUGGCCCAUAAACACAGUUGUAGAGAUUUCACUUUUUACUGAAGGGAAUAUAUUCAUGGAAACAUUUCUGAGGUAUUUGCCCAACUCCUCCUUUUCAGCAACAUGAAACCUAGAGACACAGAUGCUUUUGAAAGAGACUUCUGCCGGUCAACACUUGAAAGAACAAUAAUUUAGUUUAUUUAAUUUGUUAAAAUUAAUUCUGGUCCCAACCUUCCAUUUUUUCGAAACCCAUGUCAGUAACUAAACUUUGUGAAACUGCAUCACUAAUCAUAUAAUAUUCACAUUUCCUAACAAGGGGACAAAUUCUCAUUCUCAUGGCAGCUGAGAGCUGUACUGCUGUGUUAAGUUUCCCACUGUACUGAAGUCAUCAACAAGCUUCAGUGGUGCUCAAGUUAGUUUGAAAACUACCAAUGAUAAUUUACUAUUGAGUCAUCAGUGCCGUCAUGUUUGCCAACUGGAUGUGUGUCUGCAGGUGUGAAGAAACAUAGACAAAGUUCCGUUGAAAAAUCGGUGGGAGUUUUGCUUCAGAAAAAAUUAUAGAUUAAGUCCUUAAUUUGCUGUGGGCCCAAAGCUCAUUCAUUAUUGGUAUGAAUUGGGGCCAGAUCCUCAGCUGGUGUAAGCUCAGUGGAGCUAUGUCAGUUAUGACCAUUUAUACAAGUUGAGGAUCUAGUCCCUAAAGUCAUAAAAUUCAAGUGUUCCGAAUUUUGCCCUAGAGGGGGAGUUCCAAUGAACUGUAACGGAGAUCAGUAGAAAUGUAAGCCUCUAAGACGCAAACCAGGGAUGUGCAACCCCUGUGUUCAUAAACUCUGCCUGUGCAAAUUCCUUAAUAGUUGAUGUACUUCCAUGUGUGGCAGAAGAGUUAGCACUGAAAUGUGGUGAGUUAUGUCUGAACAGUUGCGGGGGGGAGAGGACCACAUUUUUCUGAUGCAAAGGGAAGAAAGAUGCAGACAGAAAGAUCCUUCCUUCACCCUGCAGAUUCCUGAAUUGCUGCUGGUGGAAGCAAGUGUGUCUGUCUGAGAGAGAGAUCCUCCAUACAGCAUAAACGGAAAGAUUUAAAAGGACAGUUCAAAGUACCCAAGUCCCCAUAUUCUGUGAGGAUUGCCUUGAACUUUAACUAUUGGCCCAAUCCUGCAUCCAUUGAAGCUACUGGGAGUUUGCCAUUGAGUGCACGGGACCCAGGACUGGCUCCCACUAACGCACAUCAGCCCUUGCCGACGUAAAAUGUAGAUGGUUUCUAAAUAAACUCCCUCCCUACUAGCUGCAAAGAAAAAAAUUCAUUUUUAUCAAAAAAAGGGUACAUCAAAGGCUGCUAACAACAAACCCUGACCAGCUCUAGUCACUAACCAUUAGCGAGACUGUCAAAAAGAAAAUUGCGCAGAGCAUUAGUGGGGAGCCGAGUCAGUAGUUUUGAUAUUUUUCCCUUUAGGUUUAGGUGCCAGCUAAAGACAAGUAGUUUCUUUCCCAUCUCUUCCCAAGUAAUAUUGUUGAUGAUCAUUAGGGGCUAAAUUCUUUAUUGUGAUAUGCACCCACACUUUCCAUUGAAGACAAUGGGAGCCAUUCACCUGUACAUGAGGGUGGAACUUGUCCUAAAUUUGUCUUUAAAUAUUGCAAUGUUUUUCUUUCUACAAUUUGUGCCACACACUACAGUAGGGAUGAUUCAUUUACCAGCUGCCUUCCAGAAAGACUGCAAUUCUUAACAGUUCUGUAUUAAGGAAGUGGUAUGCAAUUGUCUCAGCCAAUGUAUGUAUCUACUUUUAUUAGGGAAAAAAAAGCAUUUAUUCUUGUUAUUAAGGAAUGGGGACUAUUUUAUGCUAUUGACGUCAUUAACCUGGAAUGGAGAAAUAUAUUAUUCUACAGCUAGCCAGAAUUUUUUCACAGCAGUUUGGGUGGGGAGGGAAUGUUAGAAAAUUCUUAUUCUAGGUUUUAUAACUGCUGUGUGUGGCUGAGAGAGAGAGAGAGAGUGAACAACAGAUUCAUGGGCCUAAAUCUUGCCACAAUGUAAAAGGCAUCUCAGCCAGUUAGGCAGGCAUAAUGUAAGUAGGCCAAGACACACAGUAAUUUCUAGUAAUGAUGCAAAAGAAGAAUAUAGCCUUUGUCAACAGUGUAGGGUGUAAGCCUGGAGCCUAAGACAGGAAAGGCUCAUUGUGUCUGACCAAAAGGAUGAGUUUGACCAGGAGGUGUAUGCCUCAAUGAACAGUGCCAUUUUAACCUGAGUUAAGAACACACCUAUCUGCAAUGAAGACAUGCCCUCAGUUACACCUGUUCAAGCCAGAGCAUCCCCAUUAUCAUCAAUUACUUUCAACUGGCAGAGCCAUGUAACUGAUAGCACAAUCUGGCUGCUGCUCAUCUGUUUCACAGACUGUGAACUUACAACUUUUAUGUGAGUUUCAGGAUUUUGGCCCCAUGUUCCAUCAGUUCUGUACCUGCAAAAGCAACAAUAAAGAAUUCCAAAUCACCACAGAAGUGUAUCCAAGAAGAAAUGGGGCUACAGCAAUAUAUAACUGUUCAGUGUACAAACAUGAGAGUUGACCUGUACCAGCUCUUAAAAGGACAUCAGACAUGAUUCUCUUCCAUAGAUUUUUCAUAUUCAGCAGUACAGCAUGGAGCUGGGCUAUGAAUGUGGUUGUUAAGCAAUCCAGGCCCUGUUUCUUGCUGUUUCCAUUCCUGUCAAAUCCUUAUAGUCAAUGGUCCUAUUGGCUUCUUAAAACCAUCCUGAUUUGAGUCUGUGUGCAGCGCUGUCGAAUGGUAGGAUUUCAUUUAUUAUCUAUCUGUUCAUUGGUAAAGGGCUCUGCUUCCCAGCUAACAAAUCCCAUCUCGUGCUAGUGCAUUGUUGCAGCUGGCUCAGAACACAAGAGAACAACUUGAGCUAAAGCCAUAUACCUCUUUAGCUGGGUUUCCAAAGGACUUAGUAUUGGCCUCACUCUGCUCCCCUGACGUCAGCAGUAAAGUUCCCCUGUGGGGGCAUAGUGAGGUUAGUGCUGAAGGCUUGUGAAGUACCCUCCACCUUCAGGCCUAAAUAAGGAAGCUUAUUAGCAUAUUACACAGUAUGCACCAUGAGGCCUAGCCUGCAAAUCCAGGCAAGUAUCUUUACUCACACAGGAGUAAAGCCAAUGAGACCACUCCUCUGUGUGAAGAUUUGCAGGAGUGAGUGUCUUUGGAGGCCUGACCUUGUAAGUUACUGAGCAUCUGCCAAGAGGUGCUAAGUGCCUCCAAGGCCCCGGUCCCUGUACCAAGGGCCCACCUCCUUAAGUUCCCAUCACUUGGGUGAUGCUCAGCAGUUUGCAGGGUCAUUUUAAAGUAUUGACCCAUCUUCUCCUUGCAAACAAACCAAACCUUUGUAAAUGUUUUUAGUUUGGAAGUUAGUCUGUACAGACAGCGGCAGUAAGUAAAAAAAUAGUUACCAAAAAAAGUUAUUUGUAUAUGGAAAAAACUUUUACAUAUGCUUUUAAUUUAUUUUAUGGCUGUUGCCUUCUUGUCCUUUAGUAAUUCCCAUCUUUUGAUGCUGUUAAGACAAAUCAAUUUGCACAACAGUUGCAAGAUGAAAUGCUAGAUCAUUGACAAGAUCACAAGGGCACGUUGCAGUGACAGUGUGAAGAACACAUUUCACAACUGAUGUAUAAGCUUGCCCGCUAUGUAUCGUUUCCCUUCAGUAAUGGGAA